AACUGCGAGGGAGGGAGGGAAAGAGUGGAAUGCAGCAGAGGGGGAGGGUCUGUGACCGUCGAUCGCGAAGCUUCUCCAGAUCACGUCUCGCCAUUGAAAGCCGCUGAGGGCUCGGCCCUGAGAAAGAAGAACAAUACGGUGGGAAACCGUCGUUUUUCUUUCCGUUCUUGUUUCGGUUUCCUUGCGUUCAUAGGGUUCGCGUGAAUCUCACGGACAGUCUCGUGGAUCUGCUUGAGAAAUGGCGGAAAUAGAUGAAAGAGAGGUCCAGAAGAGUUAUUGGAUCGAGCACUCUGUGGAUCUGACAGUCGAGGCGAUGAUGCUCGAUUCCAAGGCUGCAGACCUUGAUAAAGAAGAAAGGCCUGAGGUGUUAUCUCUCCUUCCAGAUUUUAAGCGAAAAGAUGUUCUUGAGCUAGGUGCUGGCAUUGGUCGUUUCACUGCCGAAAUAGCAAAGGAUGCUGGAUCUCUUAUAGCAAUAGACUUUAUUGAGAGUGUUAUUAAGAAGAAUGAAAGUGUUAACGGACAUUUCAAGAACACAAAAUUUAUGUGUGCUGAUGUAACAUCUCCAAAGCUCCAGUUUGCACCAGAUUCAUUUGACUUGAUUUUUUCAAACUGGCUCCUUAUGUAUCUAUCAGAUACUGAGGUUGAGGAUUUGGCUAGAAGAAUGAUUGAAUGGGUUAAAGUUGGUGGGUUUAUUUUCUUCAGAGAGUCAUGCUUUCAUCAGUCUGGAGAUUCCAAACGAAAAAGGAACCCAACACAUUAUAGGGAACCACGUUUCUACACAAAGGCCUUUAAAGAAUGUCACUGGCAUGAUGGUGCCGGAAGUUCUUUUGAGGUCUUGCUGCUCACCUGCAAAUGUAUUGGCGCAUAUGUGCGAAACAAGAAAAAUCAGAACCAGAUUUGCUGGAUCUGGCAAAAAGUUAGAUCAACAGAAGAUAAGGACUUUCAGCGAUUUCUAGAUAAUGUGCAAUAUAACAGCAAUGGCAUAAUGCGAUAUGAACGUGUGUUUGGGGAAGGUUUCGUAAGCACUGGAGGCCUCGUCACCACAAAAGAGUUUGUGUCGAAACUGGACCUAAAGCCUGGGCAGAAAGUUCUUGAUGUGGGCUGCGGCAUAGGGGGAGGCGAUUUUUACAUGGCAGAGAACUUCGAUGUGGAAGUGACGGGCAUCGAUCUUUCCGUAAACAUGGUCUCUUUCGCACUUGAACGUGCCAUAGGCCGUAAGUGCUCCGUGGAAUUUGAAGUUGCUGACUGCACAAAGAAGGCAUAUCCUGAUGGCACGUUCGACGUGAUAUACAGCCGUGACACCAUUCUUCACAUAAAGGACAAGCCUGCCCUCUUCCGCAGCUUCUUCAAGUGGCUGAAACCUGGAGGGAAGGUCCUGAUCAGUGAUUACUGUAGGAGCGCUAAAGAGCCAUCGCCGGAAUUCAGCGACUACAUUAAACAACGUGAUUAUGACCUUCACGACGUAGAGGCUUACGGCCAGAUGCUCAAGGAUGCUGGGUUUGUUGAAGUUAUAUCGGAAGAUAGGACUGAUCAGUUUCUCGAGGUGUUACGAAAGGAAUUGGACGCUGUCGAGAAAGAGAAAGAUGCCUUCAUCCAUGACUUCUCAUUGGAAGAUUACGAUGACAUAGUUGAAGGGUGGAAGAAAAAGCUUGUGAGGAGCUCUUCCGGAGAGCAGAGGUGGGGCCUUUUCAUAGCAAAGAAAUGAAGAAGCCGAAGUCCUUCCCUCUAAAACUAUUACGACCCUUUAACUUUUGCGUUGUAGUUAUUUAGUGUUGUCCUGUGAAGGCACUUGAACUUUAUGUUGCAAUCUAUCUAGUGUUGUUUCUUUGCGCUCGUAAGAAAAUAAAAAGUCUACCUUAGUUUUGGCUUUA